UACAUAGUGAAGCCGUCACAUCGUUUUGGAAUAUUCUUUGCUUGGUGUUACAUUUGAGUACCGGCAUGUUAAAAAGCUGAGGGGCAAAGGAAGUUUAUCAAUAAAUUACGAGCACAACACAUAAACCAAAUGAUCAGGACACGUGUGGGAGAGAGAAAACCCUUACACAUUUUCAUCCCGUUAGUGUUAUCUAUGUUCUGGGGUUUCAUUUAGUCACUUCAGCACCACCAAGAACAGACAGCGACUAUCGCCCUGGGAGCUUGAAAAAUGUGCAGCCUGUUUGUAUUUCACCUGGAUCUUACUGGAAAUCUACUCUAGCGAAAGCAUACAAUCCAUUUCAUAAGUAGAAAAUACAAUUUGUGCUUAGUUUCUCAUUUUAGUACUGAAAAUUGUACUUUCCGUGGUCGCUUCAGACAGUUACUGCUGCUGCUGCUGUGUUUAGAAUAUGGACAUCCUGAUCGGAAGCGAUUUACUGGACAUUUCCCAAAACACAUUAUCAGGAGAAGAAUAAGCAAGGAAUCCAGUUACGUGGAUUGAAAUGAUUUGUGAAUUAUAACAGAGGAAAGAAACGAGAGAUUCUUAAAUCAUACCACCUGUUACAAAAAAGCUGGGCAUUUUGGUCAAUCAGGUCAAAUUGAAGGGAGCAGUACCACCCCGAUCCACCAGCUCAUCCUACUGAGAAUCAAAGGAAAAAUGUUGAAAAUACAUUAAUAAGGGAUCAGUUUGUGCAGUUGGACCAAACCCAGAAAUUAAAAUGGUCCUUUGCUACAAUCAGUGCCCAUGGAAACAUCAUGAUCCGUGUAUAGCUGUACUGAUAGAUGAAUAGAUUCCAAGACUGGGUGAAAAAGUUACAGACCAUCAUUCCUCACUGUGCCAUACUAGCACAUGGAUUUCACGACUGACAGUGAGGAGAAAAAGACUGGGGUUUUUUUGCUGCAGGAUGGUAAUCAGGAACCUUUCAACGUUCGACUGCACUUAGCUAAAGACAUUCUGACUAUUCAGGAACAGGAUGUUAUAUGUGUGUCAGGAGAACCUUUCUAUUCCAGUGAAAGAACAGUGACAAUCAGAAGACAAACAAUUGGAGGAUUUGGUCUAAGUAUCAAGGGUGGAGCUGAACACAAUAUUCCAGUAGUCAUAUCCAAAAUUUCCAAAGAACAAAAAGCUGAACUUUCAGGACUGCUGUUCAUUGGAGAUGGAAUCCUUCAAAUAAAUGGAAUAAAUGUGAGAACCUACAGACACGAAGAACUGGUACAAGUCUUGCGGAAUGCAGGAGAGGAAGUAACCCUUACUGUUUCAUUUCUGAAAAAAACACCGGCUUUCCUUAAACUGCCUCUCAGUGAAGAUUGUGCCUGCGUUCCCAGUGACCAAAGCAGUGGAACAUCUUCACCUCUCUGUGACAGCGGGUUGCAUCUUAACUACCACCCCACCAAUACAGACACACUAUCUUGCUCCUCAUGGCCUACGUCACCAGGCUUGAGGUGGGAGAAGAGAUGGGUUGAUUUGCGGUUAAUCCCCCUGCUUCAUUCACGCCUGUCACAGUAUAUACCAGGCUCAGACCUUUGCAGGCAAAAUGCAUUUCAGGUAAUUGCAGUGGAUGGGGUAUGCAGUGGGAUAAUUCAGUGCCUGACUGCAGAAGACUGCUUUGACUGGCUACAAGCAAUAGCAACUCAUAUUUCCAGUCUCACAAAGCACAAUAUAAAGAAGAUCAACAGAAACUUUCCAGUAAACCAACAGAUAAUCUACAUGGGCUGGGUAGAUGAGCGUGAACAAGACUCUCUCCAGGAUAGAAUGUACACACCAAAGUUCCUUGCCUUGAGGGGUUCCUCUCUAUUCAAAUUUACAGCACCUCCAGUAACAACAUGGGACUGGACCAAAGCUGAAAAGACCUUCACUAUGUAUGAAAUUAUGUGGAAAAUUUUAAAGGACAGUGACCUUCUGGACCAGCGGAAACACUGCUUCAGUGUUCAGACUGAAAGUGGGGAGGAUCUGUUCUUCAGUGUGGAGUUGGAUAGUGAAUUAUCUAUCUGGGAAAAAGCCUUCCAGAUAGCAACCUUUCUCGAAGUUGAGAGGAUACAGUGCAAAACAUAUGCUUGUAUAAUGGAAAGUAACCUUAUGGGGCUGACAAUAGACUUCAGCAUGGGAUUUGUGUGCUUUGAUGCAGCAUCAAAGGCUGUGCUUUGGAGAUACAAGUUUUCCCAACUUAAAGGUUCCUCGGAUGAUGGAAAGAGCAAGAUAAAGUUUCUGUUCCAAAAUCCGGACACUAAACACAUCGAAGCCAAGGAACUGGAGUUCUCAAAUCUCUUUGCAGUGCUGCACUGUAUCCAUUCAUUCUUCGCUGCCAAGGUUGCUUGUCUGGACCCUCUCUAUGUGGGCAGUCAGGGUGCUGCUGCUGCUGCUGUCGCCAGUACUGCUUGUGCUACUGCUACAGGAAAGAUAAAGUACUCUACCUGACAGCCCCUGCACGGUGCAGUCUCUUUCCAGCAGCGUGUUGCUGCUUCACAGUACAUAAAUAUUCAUCAUAUCAUAUAUAGCCUAGAGGGAAAUGAGAUCGCAGUAGCCAAUUCAAGAACAUCUCAGCAGGGGACAAAGUGAUCAUCAGAUUUCUGCAGGGAAAUAUAGUAUAUUCCAAGCUGAAACUGGAGAUUGGAUACAUAUACUUACCUUUAGUAUGAUUUAUGAGCACUAUUUCUUUUUUUUUUUUUAAAUACACGCAAUUCAAAAAGUGUCACAAUCAACACAGCACAUGCAAUUCUAUGACUCAUUUUAAACAACUGGACAUCGUAUUUUCUGACUGACACCGUCACUGUUAUGUUGUAGGCUCCACAGAUUAUAGUGGGCUCAAGCAUGUUUCUUUACAACCUCAAGCAUCUGGAGCAUUACAGUGUGUUAGAUAUAAAGUAUAAAGGAGGAACAAGAUAUAUUUUGUUGUCUGUUAGUUUAUACACAACACAGAAAAUGCUAAAUCUCAAUAGAAGGCUAUAAUUUAUUUGACGUAAGUGCAGACUUGACUGCUCUAGAUAUCACUUUAAUUGCAUAUCUGGAGGAACGGGAAUGUGCAAUAGGGUAUAUUUUGAGGUUCUCUUUUUUCUUGAUUUUUGUAUUUUCUUUAUUUAAAAAGAUCCAGAAAAUUUAGAGCCACCUUUUUAAUCUGUUAAUGCAAAGAAUUAAGAAUUAAGGUCAGUCCAAUUUGGAUUUUUUUUAUAUAUAAAGGGCCUAAACAAUUGACAUGAGGUUUAAUCAGAGGAAAUUGAAAUAAUAUAGUUCAAAGGGCUUCAUUAGUUUCAGUAUCUUUUACAAAAAUAAGUCAUGCAAAAAAUGUAUAGGGACAUACCCAAGACAAGGGCCAGUUAACAGGUCUUGCAGAGUCAAAAGAGCAAUUUUCCACAAGCAAUUUUCCAAUGGUUUGUUAAGUUUACAGGUGUCGGUGUCAUCAUUUUAAGGUUCUAUAAUAGUGACAUGAAUGCAUUAUUUUACAGAUAUUAAAUAUCCCAGAAGAUUAUUUAACACUACAACAUUAGCCUUAAUGAAUUGUAAAAUUAAAUCACUUAUUUUUACAUAUAGUCACUGUUGAAACAUAAGUAAUAAAUUAAUUGUUUCUUUUCAUUAUUGUAAAUAUAAACAGAUUAAACGAUUCAAUUGCUACAAUCCAUUCCCUUAGCAUGUGUCAAAUUACACAAAGUAUAGACACUUUAAAGUGCUAAUUUUAAAGGACUUUAUAAUGGUAACCCAGUGACAUUUUUAUAUGACUUAUUUGUAAAGAAACUAAUAAGAGGUGUGCUUGUUUUUGUAGGUAUCAAUGCUUCUGAAGCUAUGCUCUUUAAUCUGAUAAAAACAUCAACCUGAUUGUAGCAUUAAACUGGUUUACAUUCCGAAUAUAAAGAAGGAUUUUGGAAUGGAUUCCUGAAAUAGGUGCAUUGAAUCAGAUUACACUGUGCACAUAAAUAGAGCAAUUGCGAUCCUUUAGUAACCAACUAGACAAAGUUCUAGGAUCAGUCAGCUGCAAGGUACUACUGUAUGUCUUGAGAGAAUGGGGAAAAAAUGUGGUUCGAGUUGGAGGUUUGACUUUUCUUAUCAGUCUUUUUAAAAAGUAGCCGCAUCAGAUAACAUUUGCAAUCAUUUUGAAUGUUUUAUUUUAUUUUAUUUUAUUUUUUAAAUUCAUUUUUUCUGUUUAAUAAGUCUGUGUUUAAGGAACUGGUCUUAAUUUCUAGUUGCUGCCAUAGACAUAUAUAAUGGAGGCUAGGUCAACAAAAGCGUGGUGUAUUGCCAGAAAAAAAUAAAUCAAACCUCAUCCAAAGUGAUAGAUCACAAAUGGCACUGACUCUUACUUCUAUAAAGACACUUUGUCUGAAACAGCCUACGUUAGGUAUGUUUAUGACAAGCAGCUAGGACUGAAGUGUAGCUCCUAAACGUUAUCUAAACCCAGACCAAAGUACCUUAACAUAGUCUUAAAAAUGUAAAACCCAUUAUAUGUAAGGGGACAGUAAAAAAAAAAAAAGAAAGAAAGAAAACUAAGAAACGGCUACUAAAUAUUUAUAACUCAAAAAUAUUUUCUUGAAUUCAUAUCACAUUUGUUUUUACAACCACCAAGUGCGACUAAUAUUAAUGGUGCUCUACACCAUUAAAUAAUUACCUAUGUCAGGUCACAGUCAUCUACAGGACUACUAAAUUACUUUUUUGACUCCAAGCAAGGAAUUUAUUAAAACAUGAAAUUUGGUUUGUCCACUCUUUGAGAUAUACUAUUAAGCCCCUUUCACACUGGCAUGAUCUACCCGGGUCAGGAUCCGGUGUCAUGCGGGUCGGGUACACGAUUUCACACUGCUUUUAAUAAAGCAGGGUUGACCUGGGUGACAGACACAAGUACACAAUGCAUGUAUCAACACUGCUGAAUUAAUUGUUCAUUUAAUUUGUUGAUUUGAAAAUACAGUCAAAACCCGCUUAGUAUCACUUGAAAGGGACAAUAAGCGGAGCUGAUAUUAUCCAGAGUUCAUCAAUACCCUAACAAACCAAACGGCAAAUUGAUGAUAAUAAGCCAAGUGUGACAUUUAGCAGGCUUUACUGUAUAUUAACUUAUUUAGUCAAUAUACUGUAGCUUGAAUGUUUAGUUUCUCUCUAAAGGAAAAAUACAACCAUUUAAAAAUAAAACUGCCUACUAUUAUGUUUUUUUUUUACACCUUGGUAUGUAGAUUUGAUGUUUGAAAUUACUGUUCCUGUACAUUAAUCACGCUUUGCACCUUUACAUUUUAAAUGCCAAGCCUUUGUUCAUGCUCACCACCAGUGCUCCAUACUCUCAAGCUGUGUUCACACUGAGUUUGUUAGUGGGGUUGGUUCUGAACUUAGUAUGGACUGUAGUGUGAACAACAAAGUUCACAUGGCAAACGAACCAAACUGAGACCACCUGAAGAGGUGGUCUAAGUUCGUAUGGCAAAUGGUUCACUUGCUAAACAUGAAUGUGAACCACACUUGCUAAACAUGAAUGUGAACCACAGGGGAACUCUGUUUGCAUACAGGAAACAUACCAUACACUUUGACCUUUGUAGCUAGAUGAGAAAGUAAAGUUUCACGGUUAUUUUUUGUGCAGUUGGUUGGUAGUGUUAUGUGUCUUAUCUCUGGUAUUCUGGAAAAAAUGAAAAGUAUAAUGUUUGGUCAAAACAUUUCAAGGGGAACAAUAUGGACAGUGAAAGAAACAGUGACAUUAUUGGAAAUUAGUUUGGACACCAAAAUCUAGGCAGAACUUGGCAAAGGGAAUGCUCUCCUUUAAGCCCCUGUAUUUUCCUCCAGUACUCAGCAUUACUCUCUUCUACAGCAACAAAACAUUUAUUGAAAAAAAUUGUAAAUAAUUGAAAACAACAUAGCCAGCCACAUACCUGUUGGAAUGAUUUUUUCUGUCUUUAACAUUUUCAUAACUUUAUAAUGUUUUUUUUUCAUUUUAUUUUAAUUUUUUUGUAUUUCUUUCUUUCACAAAUUGUUUAUUAAAUGAAGACUUGUGUCAUACACAACCACCCACUGUGAGUAACGGAUCAAACCUUAUACUGUCCUGGAAAAUGUGUUUCUGUGAUUAUUAUACAAUAAUAACUGGUGAGCAUUUUUUUUCAAAAGGCUAAACCAUCACGGUUAUUACAGGAAACACGCACUCAUAAACACCAGCAACAGAGCGUGACCCCAGCGAGAGCUGUCAAACUGAAAGGCCAUAUGUCUCCCACAACAAGCAACACAGAACUUUAGAACUCUGGCAGGAAAAAGCUCACCAUAGAGACUUUAAUUCCCACCCUUGGGAUAGGAUGCUUAUGUAGCGCCCCCACUCCUCGCGUGGGUAUUCCAUUAUCAUCUCAUACACUACCCAAUGCAUUAUUCUCUUCAUCAUGCGUAAACACAUUUGGUUGUCUUUAUUAUUCAGCAUAAUAUUAUCAUGUCACUGUAAAUUACAACUGAUUAAAUGUUAAUUGUAACCAAAUGAUCACAAGUAACUAAAAGUUACUAUUUUAAAUUCAAUAUGACAAUAAUAUAAAG